CUGACACCACACGGACCCUGGAGCGCCCCGGAGCCGCAGCGCGUCAUGUUUGCUGAUGCGCGACCGGAACUUUAUGACAAAUCACAUUGAAUUUUGUGAAAUACUCCGAGGAAAAGUAUGGACAACAGCUGCUUUGAGGGAUCGUAAUUGCGCUGCGCUCAAAAGCACACGAGUAACAACUUAACUUACCUUUAGAAAAGCGACAAAGUGACAUUUCUGCGCGUCGUUUGUUUGCGCUCGUCACAUGCGUACAGUUUUUAAGGUGCUACAAAAUUCUACUUUCAUUUGGGACAUGGAGGAAAGAAAAUUCAUGAUGGAAAAAAAUAUGACAUGAUGGAUGCAUUUUACUGCAUCAGUGACAGGAGUGCUGUCAUGUUUUAACAGAAGUGAGAGUGUUCUAACCUGUCUAACGUGGUGACCUAUCUAUUCAUACUUGGAAAGGAGUAACUAGUCUUCAUUACUGUCUUUCUCUUCACUGAUACUUUAAGUUAUUAUCAGCCAGAUAAAAUUGUGCCCUGAUGUCAUGGGCUGACCUGGGACCGCGCAGCUGAUAGUGUGGGGGACAAUGUCGGGACCCUGCGUCCGCAUCCCGUUUUGGGUUCGUGUGUUUCUCCUGCUGCUGCUUCACAGAGUCUCUGCGGGCUGUCCGGAGCUCCUUUCCAGCGGCUGCAGCUGCGCAGAGGACCGCGGUAAAGCUCACGCUGCGCCCGGGGCGCGGAGGAAAGUGAGCUGCGUUGGGAAGGAGCUGACUGAAACGCCCGAAAUCAGUCUGCUUCCCAACAGAACCGUCUCUCUAAAUCUGAGCAACAAUCGUAUCCGCGUCCUGAAAAAUGGCUCCUUCACUGGCUUGUACUCCCUCGAGAAGCUGGAUCUCAGGAAUAACUUGAUCAGCACCAUCAUGCCUGGAGCCUUUCUGGGUCUCACAGCUCUUCGGAAACUUGACCUAUCCAGUAACCGAAUUGGCUGCUUGACUUCAGAAGUGUUCCAGGGACUUACCAACCUCACGAAAUUAAACAUCUCUGGAAACAUCUUUUCCUCUCUGGACCCGCAUUUGUUUUUGGAGUUACACUCUCUAAAGCUGGUGAACUUUCAUUCUGAGUUCCUGUCAUGUGACUGCGGUCUGCGCUGGGUGCCAGGCUUUUUCCGCAGCAGUUCUGCUCGGCUUGGGGACGAAACACUCUGUGCGUAUCCCAGAAGACUUCAGAACAAACCCCUGUGUCUCCUGAGAGAGAGUGACCUCAGCUGUGAGGGUCCGCUGGAGCUGCACACGCUGUCUCUGUUGCCCUCACUGCGGCAGGUCGUGUUUAAGGGGGACAGGCUGCCUUUCCAUUGCACUGCUUCAUUGGUGGACAAAGUCACUGCUCUUCACUGGCGACACAACGGUCAGCCUGUCACCACUGACCCUGCCAAUGGGGUUCAUCUGGAAGAGAGUUUACAACAUGACUGCACCUUCAUCACCAGUGAGCUGAUCCUGUCAAAUGUGCACGUUGAGGCGAGUGGUGAGUGGGAGUGUGUGGUGUCCACGGGCCGUGGGAACGCCUCACGCAGUGUGGAGAUAGUGGUACUGGAGAACAGCGCCUCCUUCUGCCCGGAGCAGAGAGUGACUAACAACCGAGGGGAGUUCAGGUGGCCUAGAACUCUGGCUGGCAUCACCUCUUACCAGUACUGUCUGCAGCUGCGCUACCCCUCCUUAGCUAUAGGGGGCGGCGUGGAGCAGAAGAAGGCUUCACGUAACUGUGACCGCUCUGGACACUGGGAGGAGGGAGACUACUCUCAGUGCCUCUAUACUAAUGACAUCACACGGGUCCUGCAUACCUUCAUACUGAUGCCCAUCAACGCCUCCAACGCUGUGACUCUGGCACACCAGGUGCGAUCACACACUCUGGAAGCCACCGGUUUCACAGACACGGUGGAUGUUCUUUAUGUGGCUCAGAUGAUGCACAAAUUCAUGGAUUAUGUGACAGAACUGCGUGAGCUGUCCGAAGUCCUGGUUGAAAUGGGCAGUAACCUGAUGCAGGCAGAUGAUCAGAUUCUGGUUCGAGCCCAGAGAGAGGAGAGAGCCUGCAGUUCAAUCGUCUACACACUUGAGAAUCUCGCCUGGCCUCAGCUACAUUCUCACGCACAGGACUUCUCCAAAAGUUCACGUAACAUUGUGAUGGAGGCUCACAUGAUUCGUCCUGCUCAUUUUACUGGCAUGAGCUGCACGGUCUAUCAGAGACGAGAGGGGGCAGGAGGGAGCCAGGGGCAUGAUGGGAUUGAAUCUUCCCUUGAGCAGCAACUGCGAUUUCGCUGCACCACAGGAACACACAACACCUCGUUGAACGCUUUCCAUCUCAAGAACGCAGUGGCUCUUGCUUCAGUGUCUCUCCCUGCAUCUCUUUUUCCACCGAAUGCUCCUCCUGACUGUAAGCUGCAGUUUGUGGCAUUCCGCAAUGGAAGAUUCUUCCCAUUUACCAGCAAUUUUACAGGACAUUUGGACCUUGCCCGCAGACGUGGUGUCAACACUCCAGUUAUCUACGUUGGCCUAGAUGGAUGUAGCAUGUGGAAUCAGUCUGAUCACAUUAUUGUGUCACUACGACACACAUCAGCUGGAAAUGAACCUGUUGCUGCCCACUGGAGCUUGCAGGCACUGGAGCAUCAUGGGAGCUGGAGUCUAGAUGGCUGUCAGCUGGCCCAUAGUGAUGCGUCCACCUCUACACUGCGCUGCUCUGUGCUGAGCAAUUACGCUGUACUUCAGGAGAUGCCAGAUUUCCCGAGUUCACCUUCGAUUCCAGUGGAAGUGCUCCAUCCAGUGAUCUACACCUGUACUGCAGUGCUGCUUCUCUGUCUCUUCACCAUCAUCAUCACCUAUAUACUGCAUCACAGCUCUAUCAGAGUCACAAGGAAGAGUUGGCACACACUCCUGAACACUAGUUUCCACAUCGCAAUGACAUCUGCUAUAUUUGCUGGAGGCAUCACUCUGACCGGCUACCCAAUCGUAUGCCAGGCAGUGGGGAUUGUUCUUCACUAUUCUUCUCUGUCCACUUUGUUAUGGAUCGGUGUUAGCGCCAGAGUCAUCUAUAAAGAAGCCUUAUUAAGGACUCCACAGCAACUAGAAGGAGAAACUGCUGUACAACCAACCCAGCGGCCCAUGCUCAGGUUUUAUUUGAUAGCCAGCGGUGUCCCACUCAUCAUAUGUGGUAUCACUGCAGCUGUAAACAUCAGUAACUAUGGAGACAACAUUCCUUACUGCUGGUUGAUAUGGCAACCCAGUUUCGGAGCUUUCUACAUUCCAGCUGGAUUGAUCAUUCUUGUGACCUGGAUCUACUUCCUGUGCACUGCUUUCUGCCUGAGGCGCCGAAACAUCCAGGAGUCCAAAGAUCCUCCUUGCUCCGCCUCCGUCCCCUCAACCUUGCCUGAGAGCCAACCGGCAAUCAGCGGCAGCACCAGCCUGCUCUCGACAGACUCUGUGGUGGGCCCUGUGCAUGCUGGGAUGACAGUGGAGGACCAGUACUCAUUGAAGGUCCAGUGUUUAGCGCUGGUGGCAACGCAGUUCGUGUUUGUGGGGCUGUGGUGCUGCGGCGCAAUGGCCGUUUGGCAGGUGGAUAGAGAGCGGAAACUCUUUAGCUGCCUGUAUGGAGGAACGGCAACCGGAUUAGGGAUCUUCGUGGUGCUCCAUCACUGUUUCAAGCGUUUGGAUGUCCAGGCAGCGUGGCUAAGUUGUUGCCCGGGUUACCGUCGCUCCCAGUCCAUGCCAGCUUAUUCCCACCCCUGCACUGCAACCGUAGGUGUCCAGAGUGCCUCGGAAAGGGGCUCCCAACUUUUUGUAGGAUGCCACCCACCGACGGACACCAACAAUUACUCUUCUUCUGCCAGGUCAUCAUCUACUCAAAGUGGAACGACGAGCAUUGCCGCCGGGCCUUGCAAACUCACCAACCUCCUUCAAGUGACACAAGACAACGUGAAUAACGCCACCCGAGCACCAACGGGAACUAAUACCAACACAAGUACAAGCACGGAGAACAACAAGCCAGCCAACAAUCUGUUGCCCUGUCUACUGCCUGUCCAGCAGCCUCAAAGGAGGAAGGCUUGUAGUAGAACCAGGGGUGGCAACACCCAGUACCAUCACCGGGGGGACGGGAGAGGGCAUUACCGCCUCAAAGCUCUCAGGGCAGGUGGAGGAGGUAGCAUGGGCGCUUUGGGACCUUCUGGGACAGAGCAAUCAAACAUCCACCAUCUACACAAACACGCUUCCAGCGAGAAUGGAAGUCUACGGAAUAGCCAUUCAGAGGGUCAGAAUGGCCUUCUGACCAAUGGGCGGCACAGAGGGGAGGGACUAGCGACAAGCCCUUCGGAAGGUAGCGAUGGAGGUAGCAGCGGAAGUAAAAAACCUUUUCCCCUGUUGCCUUCGGUGGCAAGUAGGUCCACCACGCAACAAAUUGCUCAAUGUCGCAGCGUUAGCAAAGACAAUCUUAAACUGGCCGCCACGGCUGAGAGAGAGUCAAAGCGGAGCUCGUUCCCUCUAAAUGUGACAUCAAAUGUCACUGUGACGGCCUUGUUGACGACAGUUUCAGCACCUAAUGGAACACUAAAGGGAUCCGUGGUGGAAUUGGACACUAGCGGAACUGACCAAUCACAGGGUUCGGUUGGUAUGAAGAGCAGGGUAUGGAAGAGCGAGACAACUGUAUAAUAAUGAGCUGCAGGUAGAGUUGAAAGACUUUGAAGGUUUCUUGAUUGUGUAACUUGUAUGCUAGAAGCCAAAGCAUGGAUUUCUUUCUCCACAACCUAGCUGAAAAGACUAGUUUAAACCAGCCUAGGAUGGUUUUGGACACUUUUCAGCCAAGCUAAACAUCAGCUUGGAUAGGCUGGGAGACCGGCUAAACAAACUUCAGCUUGUAAGCUUUGAAGGUGUUCUGUGGUCUUUGAACCGUCCAACAUGCUAAGAGCUAAUGCUAAGCAUGCUAAUAAGGAGAAGCUGUGUGAGGCUGUUUUAUAUGAAGAAAAAGAAAGGGUGUGUAUGCAAAACCUGACUCCUCUAAAAAGACAUUGGAAGAGUUGGUUUGACAAAAUAUGCAAAAUCAUCUUGAUUGCUUUUGUUUGCCUGUAAUACCACUUAAUCUAACAAACUGUUUGAACAUAAUGAAUCUUUUAAUAUUGAAUAUGCCAAGGGAUCUGAACCUAAAGUUCAGAUGUUUAGCUGUGUUGAUCUGUUUCUGAAUAUGCAUAUCGAUCAGGAUGGAGAACCUGUUCGCUUGUUACCUAAGUUUUCUUGUUCAGUCCCUUUAUGUCCUUGUCUCUUGUGUGUUCAUGUUUUUAUUCACGCUAUUUCAUUUACAUGUCUAUAAGAAUGUAUAUAGUGUUAUGUAUGUAUUGUUUGACCAUUACAGUGUUAAUUCAAUUCUCUGGCACUAAUAAGCAGCUUUUGACAUCAGUCCCACACAAAUAUAGAAAACAAAGACUUGCCAUUGAUCUAUCCAUCCCCAACAUUUCCAUCCAAUGCUUAACUGGUGCUGGGAAUGUCGUUCUUGUUCUUCUGAUGUUGUUAAGCAGAAAGUGAACUAUUGCAUUCAGUUUUUAGUGAAUAGGAACUAUUUGGAAAAUGUUGCUUAACAGUGCCCUCUAUUGGGCCAUUUCUGCCAUUGAUCAAAUGCACUGAUAAUGAAUGCUGUUGAUGGACAAAUGAUAUCAACAAAGUGACAGCUGCUUCAGAUGUCACUCCAGAGUUACUAAGGGAUUUGAUAAUGAAGGGCAAGUGUUUGUCCAUACAGUACAUGUUCUGUUGUAGUACCUUGUGUAACAUGCUUUUUUUAGCACUUGGUUCAGGUUGUGAAGAGAGCAUUUGGCAUAUUCUUAUAAAUAAUAACACAUUUAUAUUAUACAUAUCAGUAUUAAUAUUGAUGUAAUUGUCAUUAUGCAAUUUUAUGAUAUCAGUGUUUUACAGAGGAUUGGCCUAAUCAGUUUUAUAAACUCUCUGUUUUUAGUCUAAAAGCACACCAACAAUCAAAGCUAGACCUCCCAUGCUUCCC